CUUCUGUGUCACUCUACCGCUCUUUUCCUCCACCUCUCUUCCAGCUCCAUCUCUCUUGUCGCACGACUGACUGCCCUCGUCUCCCUCCUCCUGGUUGCUCUGGUGACACAGCCUUCCACCUGUAACCGUGACGAUACUGUGCACGAGGAGCAAGCGGACACUUUGACAGUCCAGCUGUCCGUCACAGGCCACGUCACACCCACUCCUCUGUGGGUGGUGAUCUGGGGCCCCACUCAGACCCUGGAGGACGAGACCCAUCACUUUCUCUCCAGUGCGGAAACCGAUCCCCUGCACCAGCAUGGGAACCAGCAGGAAGAUGGCACUGCUUCAACCCGUGACUGGCCUCAGCCUGACAGCAUCGCAAGCAGCUUACAUCCCAGAGAGGAGUCCCCACUGGAGUCCAGCGACCAGGAGGGAGUGGAGGAUGGAAUAAUGGGAGCUGAGGAGUCAGAGCCUGAGGAAGUGGACCCUCAAUUCUAUGUUACCGUGACCAUCUCCUCGCUACUCAUCCUGACUGCAGUCAUCAUAACAGCCAAACUCUGUUAUGAUCGCAGCUGUUCCCAGCAUCCGCCCCCACUUUCCCGUGGCGCGGCUCCCCCUCUCUCCCUUGCUCUCCCUCGCUCUCUUGUUUCGGAGGACAGCCGGCAGACACUGCACAGCACCUCCUCCUUCACAGACAGGGAGAGGAUUCCAGUUGUGAACCUCUGAGGUGACUGUUUUUCCACACUGUAAAUAUUUCUACGUGGCUUGAGGAAGAACAUCAACAUGGACCAGAGGGUGUGCCUACAGCGGUGUUUUUUUUCUCUGAAACUGUGAAAUGAAUUCAGGAAUCCCAAGUAGCCAGCCGCCACCAAACUCUUCAGCUUCCCUGAGGUCGGAAAAACCUAAACUCAUCUCCCUGCUGGUCCCACCUUCCCUCCUCUGUGCUGGGUGUAAAAUCUUUCAUGUGGCUCUGCGUCACUGUAACCUCCCUGUUUUCUGUCUGCUGUUUAGCCUGGAGCUCUGCCACUAUGUGAUUCUACCUGCCAUGACUAAUUCAAAAACAAGCAGUUUAACAGCCAUGAAACAUCCAAUUCGCCCUGAAAUACCUUACCUGUGCUUUCAUAAGUAUUUCCAGUCAUUCAUCUGUACAAGCUGUUCGUAUUAAUUGUACUCCAGCAGACAGUUCAUUGAUGAAGUGACACUCAAAUUCAUUUUGCUACAGUAGGCUUGUAAACGGUUAAAAAGCCAUUCUCAGUGUCUUCAAACACUGAAACUGGGUAUUUCACAGAGCGGUUUGGUGCAGCUGUAGCCAAAAGGCAAUGUGUUUAACGUCAUGCUCCAAAAACUGUCAUUUAUUCCCCGAAUUUGGGUGCCUGAAAUGCAAAUUGUGUGUCUUUUCCUCUGCGGGGUGUUGAGGAGCCUGUUUUAUUUCAGUUUUCCUCAUGAUUUCUCCUCUUAAUUAUUUGACUGACGUUCACCUCUUUAAGCCUUUGUGAGCCUUCUUUGUUACUGUUGCAGUGGCGAGGAGCGUUGUUACUUCCAGGCGUGGGAAUAAAACAUUGAAGAGGAUGAUCUUGGAUAGACAGAUCAGACAUCCCUGUAAAUUAGUGCUGUUCAAAGGUGUGGGGUAGAAUAGAAGAGCAUACGUUGUUAUGGAAAUGAGAUUUGGCAAAACGAUCAAAGAGCUGACAAGAAUAUUUAUUUUUUUUGCACCUGACAUCUAGGACAGCUUGAUCUAGGACAGAAAAAGAAGAAUUUUCCUUCAUGUUAUGAAAUCUGUGAACAUGAGCAGUCUGUAGUGCACUAAAGAAAACUUGAUGGCACACAUCUAGGAUCAUUAUUCGUCUCUCCACUGAUUCUGCAUGUAUACAGUAGGAAAAUCUGUGAUUUGCUUAAAAUCUAUUAUUUAUAAAUGUCUAUUUUAUCUUUCAGUCAGUGAUGUCUUUUAGAACAUUUCAAAGGAAAAUUUCCACUUUGUGUUAAGCUCCUUUUAUAAGCAGCUGAGAUUUUAACCCACAUACACACAUCGUGCUGGUGCAGUCUUGUGAGCAAUCCUCCAGAUACCCCGUCUUGUGACUUUUUUUUUUUUUUUUAAGUAGAAUUCCUGUAGGAACAUGGUUUUUCUGUACCAUGAAGUUCAAUAAAGAUCUAACACUAGUG